AUGACGAGACUGGCUGAAGCUCAUUCCUCUAGUGAUGAUGACCUUCCCGACCUCAAGAUACUACUUCAGAAACCAAGCAUCAGAGAAACGAAGAAGGUGACCAUGCCAACAGUUCCAACCACCACAGCCCGUACUUCCAGGGUCACUACCAAUUCCGAAACCAAACGGGUGCGACGUCUCGGGGAGUUCAAGCCACCGACAGCCAAUCCUCUCCUCCAAAAAUGGAUGUCGAGUGAGAAAGGGGGCAUGAGGGGACGAAGGAGUAAGACAACUUCUGACAAGCUGUCUCGAGAAACAACUCCAACUAGCAGCUUUUCUGGUUCCAGGAAGGAUAUGAGCUCUGGCUCCGACUCUGAAGAAGAUAACGCCACGCCACAAUUUCGACAGCAGCCUAGCAGGGGGAGAAACCGAAGGAUCAUAGAAGAUUCCGACGACAGUGAUGAUGAAAGCGAAAAAAGCUCUGGUUCUGAGAGCGGGGCAGUUUUGACAAGAUCACAGCGACUUCAAAGCACCAAGACGAGUACAGUGAUAGUACCCAAUAUGAGCAGCAAAGCCCAAACCUCGAGAAUUGACUUGAGCAUCAAGUCCAAAGCCCUAGCAUUCGCGCGAGAGAUCGACAGUGAAGCUGACCCUGAAGAAGAUCAUGAAGAGGAAGAUGUGGAAGAACCGAGUGUCUAUCAAACCGCGGACGAGGCUUCUGAUUCUGCCUCUGAACCUGACUGGCUGAAUGAUUCUCCUGAAGUUCCAACGAGAAAGGAGACUAGGCAGCCCAGCAAUCCACCACCGAAAAUCACCAGUGUAAAUGAUCGUGUGUUGUCGAUUAAGAACGCUCCAAAUCUCUUGCCAAAGGCACCGGAUGGUGUUGCAGAUGCUAGCAAUAGCAAAUUCCGCGGCUUCAUCAAGAAGCCUACAUCAAGUGGGGAGGUUACUUUAUCUCGGAAGGCCAGUCAAAGUAAUCGACAAGGUACUUCGGGCACCAGCACAACAUCAGAUCUUGCAGAUACACUUUCCAAACUACGACUUCAGCUCGAAGACUUCUCAGAUGAAGACAGCAAAGUGUCCAGCAAGGACCAGUUCACCACCCCUCCUAGUACUCCCCCAAGAGGUGCCAAUCCCAAGGGCCUUGUCUCUCCAAGCAAAAAGAUCGCUAUACCUAAGACACCUCACCAUCCAAGUACGGACGCUUUCUGGAACCAAGAUUUGGUAAAUGAUUGGAAUGACCAGCACUCGCCCCGCAAACUUAUGCUUCCCCCUGCCACAAAGAGUCCUAAGAAGGCGAGCCCUAAGAAAGACCCGAAAAAGGAGACCAAGAAAUCCUUCGCCGCUAGAAAACACGCGCUGGCUGAGACUUUCUUGCUCGAGCUGGACAGUAAGAUCACUCAAGGUAGAAUUGCUGAGCUUGCUGAGUCCACGGGUGGCGUGAAGCUUGUGUGGACGAAGACACUCAACACCACAGCUGGCCGAGCUGGCUGGCGGCGCGAGACUAUUCGAACCACACGGAAAGCUGAUGGCGAGCAAACAUCUGUGACGUAUAAGCAUCACGCCUCGAUUGAGCUUGCUGAAAAGGUCAUUGAUGACGAGCACCGUCUUCUCAAUGUGAUGGCCCACGAAUUCUGCCAUCUUGCCAACUUCAUGGUCAGUGGUGUUACAACAAAUCCUCACGGUCGUGAGUUCAAAGUUUGGGCGGCGAAGUGUUCGGCUGUCUUUGGUGACCGUGGUAUCGAGGUGACAACGAAGCACAGCUAUGAUAUCGACUUCAAGUACGUGUGGGAAUGCGAUGAGUGCGCAACUGAGUUCAAAAGGCACUCCAAAAGUAUUGACCCAAGACGACACCGAUGCGGCAACUGCAAAGGAUUGUUAAAACAAACGAAACCGGCUCCCAGAGGAGCGGCAGCAGGGAAAGCCCCAAGCCGAUACCAGGCGUUCGUCAAAGAGCAGAUGACUAUUGUCAGAGGGGAGAACCCCGGUUGUCCGCAAAAAGUUGUGAUGAAGCUCAUUGCGGAGAAAUGGGCGAGGCAGGAGGGCAAAUCUGGAGGCAAAGGCCUCAGCAAAUCAGGAGUCGAACGAAUUGCUGAAACGCUGGUUGAUUUGACGAUCGAGGGCGAAGCAUAG